AUGGAGAAAGAGAAAGGGAAUAACUGCACAUCAUCAAGUGAGUUCCUCCUGCUGGGAAUGGGGAACAUCCCCUCACUCCAUAUACCACUCUUCCUACUCUUGCUCCUGAUCUACUUGGUGACCGUGGUUGGGAACAGCCUCAUUGUUGUGCUGGUGGUGGCAGACCGGCAUCUGCACAGCUCCAUGUACUUAUUCUUGGGCAAUCUGUCCUUUGUAGAGACCUGCUGCAGCUCCACCAUCCUGCCCCAGCUGUUGGCCAGCUUCCUGACUGGGGACAGGACUAUCUCUGCUCAGGGUUGUAUGACUCAGCUCUAUUUCUUCAUUGGUUUUGCAGUUACAGAAUGUUUCCUGCUGGCAUCCAUGUCCUAUGAUCGGUACUUGGCCAUACGCCAGCCCCUGCUCUAUGCAAGCCUCAUGACCUGGAAGGUUUGUCUCCUGAUGGCAGCUGGGUCUUGGCGGGGUUUGGUCUUUUCUAUAGUAGCCACUGUCUUCUUAUCAAGGUUAAAGUUCUGUGGCCCUGCUGCAACUGACAACUUCUUCUCUGAUUUUACUCCUUUGCUGGAGCUCGCCUGCACUGACACCAGUGUAGUUAAAAUAGUAACUUUCAUCCUGACUCUCCUGGAUUCAGUCUUCCCCUUCCUGAUCACGCUGGCCUCCUACGUGUCCAUCAUAAUUGCCAUCCUGAGGAUCCCCUCCAGCAUGGGCAUGCAGAAGGCCUUCUCCACCUGCUCCUCGAACCUCACUGUCGUCACUGUUUUCUAUGGCACCCUCAUCAUUGUCCACAUGCUGCCCAGAACCUCCAGACUCAGACAGCUCAACAAGGUGUUCUCCUUCUACACCAUCCUCACCACCCUGGUCCAUCCCCUCACCUACAGUCUGCAGAGCAAGGAGCUCAGGAAGGCCCUGAGGAAAGCACUCAGGAAAGAUUUGGGUGGUACCCAGGGCUCAUGCCAGUUGACAUGGGCACAAACAACUUCUAACUUCUACAAAGCCAAGUACUGUGUACUGCAAGAUCUCUUUAGAAGUGUGCGGCCUUGA